AUGGGAAGAAGAUCAGAGGAGAUAGGGCACACGCAGGGAAACUUCAUGCCUCUCCUUGAGCAGCUGCUCUCCUACAAGGUCACGGCCUACAACACUCGGUUUCAAACGGGAAGGAAACUUAGUGUUGGAGGAGUCAUCACGCCAAUCCUAUGUGCAGCUGGAGUCCAAUUGGACAAGAGGGUGUCAACUCCAGCUGGAUGGAUGGACAUCAAGUUUUGCAAGACCAACCUCCUCAUUGAACACAAGGAGUUGGAUGGGAGGUACCAAUUCAAGUUCACACAUCCAUUGGCUGGCCCUUCCAAGCUUCUCCUGCCCAACCCAGAGCUCACCACAGUAGUCAGGGAGGAGCCUGAACUCGAUCGAGCUGAGGAUCGAGCUGAGGUUCAAGCUGAGGAUCGAGCCCAGGAGAAUGCGGAUUUGGGUGAGCCUGAAUGUUACUAUUUUGAGGAGUAUGAGGCUCCAAGGAUGAACCCCUCUGUUGUGGCUGCUCACAAGAGGAUUGGACUUCUUCAAAAGUUCAACAAAUGGCAAGGGAAGGCCAUUGAAAAAUGCAAAAGUCCAUGGACAAGAUGGUGA